GCGUUGCGCUUCAAACUCGUCCUGAGGAGAUUGCUGGAGACGAUGCGGGUCGCGGUCCGCCGCCGCUUCAGUUUGGACGCUAGCGCACCGCUGGUACGCACGCGGGCCUACGUGGACGGCCGAUGGGUGCGCGCGCCGGACGACUUCCCCGUGCUGGAUCCCGGCGCCGGAACCGAGAUCGCGCGCGUUGCCGAUUGCGGGCCGGAAGAGGCCAAACGAGCCGUGGACGCCGCCCACGAAGCUUUCCGCCAAUGGAAGGACGUUACGGCGAAGGAGCGCAGCGCGGUGCUGAGGAAGUGGGCCAACCUGAUGGAUGAGCACAAAGAGGACCUGGCCAGAAUCAUCACCUUGGAGAGCGGCAAGCCCGUGAAAGAGUCGCUGGGGGAGGUGUCUUAUUCGGCGUCCUUCCUAGACUGGUUUUCAGAAGAGGCGCGUCGGGUGUACGGCGACGUGGUGCCUUCGCCCUUCGCGAACCGCAAGAUCCUCCUCCUCAAACAGCCGGUGGGCGUGGCCUCCAUCAUCACUCCGUGGAACUUCCCCAGUGCCAUGAUAACCAGGAAGGCCGGUGCCGCGCUGGCCGCCGGAUGCGCCGUGGUGGUCAAACCGGCGGAGGACACGCCCCUUUCUGCCCUGGCCCUGGCCGAGCUGUCGCACCAGGCGGGCGUUCCCGCCGGCGUCUUCAAUGUGGUCCCCUGCUCCAGAGAACGGACCCCCUCGGUGGGGCGCGUCCUGUGCACCGACCCUUUGGUGGCAAAGAUCUCAUUCACGGGCUCCACCGCCACCGGCAAGGUUUUGCUGAAAAUGGCCGCCGACACCGUCAAGAAGGUUUCCAUGGAGUUGGGGGGCCACGCCCCUUUCAUCGUGUUCGACAGCGCCGACGUGGAUGAGGCGGUGCGAGGGGCUAUGGCCUCCAAGUUCAGGAACUCUGGGCAGACGUGCGUGUGCUCCAACCGCUUCCUGGUGCAGAGCUCUGUCUACGACAGCUUCUUGGCCAAGUUGGGCGCCGCCAUGGACCGCGAGCUCAAGGUGGGACACGGCAGCAAACCGGACUCCACGCAGGGGCCGCUCAUCAACGGCAGGGCGGCGGAGAAGGUCGUCCACCAGGUGGAGGACGCGCUCUCUCGGGGGGCCCGGCUCCUCCGGGGCGGCCGCCGUCUUGGCGGCUCCUUCGUCGCGCCCACGCUGCUGGCGGACGUCAGCGUCGACAUGUUGUGCAUGCGAGAGGAAACCUUCGGGCCCCUGGUGCCCGUAGUCAGGUUUGAGACGGAACAGGAAGCGCUCGCUAUCGCCAACUCGUCCCGAGUGGGCCUGGCAGGUUAUUUCUACUCGUCGGACGUGUCUCAGAUCUGGCGAGUGGCCGAGGCCUUGGAGGUGGGUCUGGUGGGAGUCAACGAGGGUCUGGUAUCUACCGCCGAGGCCAGCUUCGGGGGCGUCAAGGAGUCCGGUCUGGGCGUCGAGGGCUCCAAGUACGGCGUGGACGAGUACCUCCACCUCAAGUACGUCUGCAUGGGCGGCUUGGCCGGCUAG